AUGAGUGAGUUAAAUGGAUUGAGUGAUGACGGCUUUAAGCCAGCCAGUUCUACUUUGUUUAGUGAUCCUGCUGACUUAGACAUCUUGGAACAGUUAGGCAGCAAUAAGGGGAUAGCAGAAUCAGCCCUAUCAAGGAUGUCACUGUAUGAUAAGUUUGAUCCUUUGGUGGACCUCCCUGUAGCAGAUCCCCGUCGAGCCCGUAUUGACGUUAGGAGAAAGAAGCGAGGAGUUACUUUUGACUCUAGACUCGGACAGCUUGAGCCAGAAGAAAGCAUGCUUUUGAUGGGGACGCCUCGUCCCGGUCAGAGCCACAUGGUGCCGGUGGUGAAGAACCAGACAUCAGUCACCUCUAAUGACUUUCUGUGCUCAGAUAUACCCGAGGGCAGGACGAAAAAGAUUCCCAAAAAGAGCUGCCCCCUCACCAAUAUGAGUGAGUUAAAUGGAUUGAGUGAUGACGACUUUAAGCCAGCCAGUUCUACUUUGUUUAGUGAUCCUGCUGACUUAGACAUCUUGGAACAGUUAGGCAGCAAUAAGGGGAUAGCAGAAUCAGCCCUAUCAAGGAUGUCACUGUAUGUAAAGUUUGAUCCUUUGGUGGACCUCCCUGUAGCAGAUCCCCGUCGAGCCAGUAUUGAUGUAAGGAGAAAGAAGCGAGGAGUUGCUUUUGACUCUAGACUCGGACAGCUUGAGCCAGAAGAGAGCAUGCUUUUGAUGGGGACGCCUCGUCCCGGUCAGAGCCACAUGGUGCCGGUGGUGAAGAACCAGACAUCAGUCACCUCUAAUGACUUUCUGUGCUCAGAUAUACCCGAGGGCAGGACGGAAGUUACAGAUGUGAUCAAGUAUACCUUGUCUCUAAAUCAGACAGAGGGAGAUGAUGAGGUUUUGCAAUAUACAGAGGCAGACAUAUCUCAGAUCAAGCAAAGGUUGGCCCUGACAUUCCAAGGUAUAUUACUGAAAAAUCAAAAAGAAUGGAGUCAGAAGUUAGCAGAGGAGGAGAAAAGAAGUAAACAGCUGGAGUUGAGGGUGAAAAUGAGGACCAAAAUACAGACCAAUGCAGAGGACAAGGUUAACGAACUGAUGUACGUACUGUAA